AUGUCCGCACGUCUCUGGAAGAUCCUCGUAGUGGCAUUUCUUGCUCUCUGGGGAUUCGACAUCGUUUCCAGUAAAAUGACAGCAAACUCCCAGCAGGCAUAUCGAGACGCAAAGGCGAGGCAGGAUGCAGAUCGACGCGCUACCGAGGUGAUGAGGCAGCGAAUACUUGCGGAAUCUGCAGCCAAGUUCGACCAGCAGCAGCAAAAUUUUGGCAACUACGAUGUGAAUUAUUCGAGGAAUCAGAGAUAUCGCAACUUGGGUAGCAGAAACUAUAACCGAAACAACCAGAACUCUGCUAGCAGAAACAACAACCGAAACUACCAAUACUCCGCUAGCAGAAACAACAACCGAAACUACCAAUACUCCGCUAGCAGAAACAACAACCAAAACUACCAGUACUCUACCAGAAACAGCGACCGAAACUACCAGCACUCUGCUAGUAGAAACAACGACCAACACUACCAGCACUCUGCUAGUGGAAGCAACUACCAAAACUACCAGCAGCGCAACAAUUAACCUUCUGUGUCAUGUAAAUUUACUACACUACUAGCAACCAAGUGAGGUUCAUAUACUGUGUGUAACCAAGACCUGCGCAUGGACGGUAACGACGAUGUGAAUUACUCGUGGAUCAGUGCUUUUGAAGAUUGGAAACAGUUCGGACCAACCCUCGUU